UUCCGCCUCUCCCCUCAGCUCCCCGCUUCUUCCUGGGCGGGAGUGAGGGAAUGGAGGCGGGCUGGGGGAGUGAGCGUGUGCGGGUGUGGAGGUGUGCGCGUGUGUGUUGGUGUAGGGAAGCCUGUGCUUCGGGAAAGCUUUCCCGGCCGGCAUGAAGCUCUCUGGGCUCCCGGGUCCGAUUUUCCCACAGCAAAUGUCUGUACUAUGCGGACAUUGAAAUAGAAUAAGGUCUACUCACCACCCGAUGGCGGCUCACAGGCUCUAGGGAGGGGAUCUGAAGCCACUCCACCGAGCCACCCCGCUUCCAUCAUAGAGACAACCCCUAGACUCGCCUGCACCGCGCUGGAAAGAGCCGCCUGGAGGGAGGACGCCGAGCGGAGGCAACUCCUCCGGUGCGGCCCUUUAAGUGCUGGGGCCGAUUUCAGCCGCCGCCACGGUGGUCGGCAGGGGACGCUGAGCCGCCGAGACCCCGCGGGCCGAGACGCACCAGAGCUGCGUCUCCUGGUUCUUAGCCGAGGCGGACUUGAGCUUCCAAAAGCCUCCUUAAGCACCGAGGAAGCAGGAGAAUAAACAGCCUUCAAAUAAUGAGCACCUGCUGUGUGCCGCGAGCUCUCCAUCGCGGAAGUGGCUGGGUGCGCAGGAGGGCAGGGCGGUGAAGGAGGGACGGCGGCCCCACUCGCCGCCUGCCAGCCGCGGGCUCUGCUCAAGUCUAUGCUGCAUCGCUAGGUUAGUUUACAGUUGAAUUUCAGAGCUUCAUUCUUUAAACUUUCUGUUAUCAGAGACCAUUCCUUAGCAGGCGCAGAAAGGGCUACAGUGAGAUGCAACACUUUGCAGUGCUUUGAUAUCCUUUUACAGUCUAUGCAUAGCUACACGCUAUAUUCAUAAGCUCAUUGACAUGUAUAUAGAUUAGUUUUUAUCUCCCAUUUUCCCCCCACAAAUAGUAACAUUCUAUACACAACAUUCUACAACAUUACCUCUUUCCCACUAACAAUGUAUUUUAGACAUAUUUCACACCAGUAACAAGAGUAUACCUCAUUCUAUUUUAACGUCUGCAUAGUGCAGGCAAACCUCAGAGAUAUUGCGGGUUUGGUACGAGACUAUUGCCAUUUUUAUUUUUAAAAACACACUUUUUUUUGUUUCCCAGUGCAUGUAACAGUUAUGCUGAAGGUGGCCAUUGAGACUUGAGAACUCACAGGAAAUAGAGUUUGUACAUCUUGUACAUUGGCAUUUGUGUAGACAAAAACUUCCUUGGCGCAGUGCUUGGAUUAUGGACAGUGUUUUGAGGGUUCCAGUCCUAAGUGUAUGAUACAAAUCAGUCAGCCUUUAUAAGCAGGUAGGGCACAAUGGACUGAGGGUGAAGCUAUGGUCUGGGCCUGGGGUAUCAGUGCAGUGAUGGAAAGGCACAUACAGGGAGGUGACUGGCGGGGUCAGUUUGUCGGACAGGGACUAGCCUUAGGAUGCUGGCUUCCUGGAAAAACAACAGAGGAACUCAGACAUGAUUCACAAGCCUGGGGCCAUGGCCAUCUGGAAAGACCAAGCAGAGACUGGUGUGGUCCAGUGAAGCACCGAGCAUUUGUUCCCAACAAAUUUGGUGGCCCAUAUGAGGACUUCAUUCUUCCCCUGGGAAAAGGGUCUCUGAUCACCUCUCAUAAGGAGAUACAUCCAGCUGCCUCAUUGUGGUGGCCUCAGGAGAAAGGAAUCGGGACUUACCCUGUGAUGAAUAAACCUGGACUCAGCAACAGGGGAGAAAAGGCUUGCAACACCACAGUGACCAGAGCCCGAGAUGCUCCUCCCACCCUUUUCCUCUCGGAAGCCAAACCCCUUUGUAAUCUGUAUAAGGUCCACACUUCAGCAGCUGAGUGACUGCAGAAGCUGACCUUCCAUCACCAAGCUGGAG